GUCUCCCGGUGCCGUCUGCAGGGCGGGCGAGAGGCGGCCGCUCCGCCGGGCAGCGCGGGCGGGUGGACAGCGGUGACGGAAAGCGGCAGCUGGGGGGGACGGCAGCGGCAGCGCUGGGUUGACUCGCCCCCCUCCCCCCCCCCUCCCCCCCCGCCUCCCCAGCCGGAGGAAGAUGGAGCUCGGUUAGUAAGGGCUUGCGGGAGGAGCGGCGGGAGCAGGCACAUGAUACUGCAGAGCUUCAGGAUCAGAAGUAAAAUCAGCUGGACAGUUGCCUCCUGCCUUCCUAAAUAGGUAAACAUAUUAGAAACAGGGGCCUACCUCCCUCAUUCCUGGAGAAAGUGGGUUUAGUGGUGUGGAUGCCUGCCUCAUUUGCUUCACCAAAAUGAGAUAGGGCAUGCAGGAGAGAAAGGAGAUUUCUGCAAGUAGAACCUACCAUGAUUUCUCAGGGGACAAAAUUUUGCUUAUUCAUACCUUCUACUGUGGCAAAAACGGAUUAUUUUCCUCACCAAAAACCAGCAGCAUAACGCCCAUCUGACACAUGCCUCAAGGAACUCUUAUUUAAAGUCUGUUGUAAUUUAUUUCUCUGUAGCUGUGGUACAAGCAAGAGCCAACCAAUAUCGUCUGCUACCAGUAGGAAAUCUCCAUGCUAGUCCUUACCCUUGGCAUGUGGUAAAGUUGCAACUGAGCCUGUGAGGAGGAAUUAACAGGAAAAAUCUAAUUCAUGUUUAAAGAUGGAUGCCUUCUAGUCAACCAGUGAGUCCUGCUGCUGCUGCAUGUCUGGCAGCAUCUCUGAAUGAUCACAUGACUCUUGAUAUGGAUGCGGUCCUGUCAGACUUUGUUCGGUCCACAGGGGCAGAACCAGGUCUGGCAAGAGACUUACUGGAAGGCAAAAAUUGGGACUUGACAGCAGCUUUGAAUGACUAUGAGCAGCUCCGGCAGGUACACACCGCCAACCUGCCACAGGUGUUCAAUGAGGGCAAAUACUACAAGCAGCAGGAGCCAGAGCAGCCUCCCCAGGUGACGAAGGCUGAGCGACCCUGCCUGCAAAGGCAGGAUGACAUUGCUCAAGAAAAGCGUCUUUCCAGAGGUAUUUCUCAUGCCAGUUCAGCCAUAGUCUCCCUUGCUCGAUCACAUGUAGCAAAUGAGUGCAGCAAUGAACAGUUUCCUUUGGAGAUGCCCAUCUACACAUUCCAGCUACCAGACCUUAGCGUGUACAGUGAAGAUUUCAGAAGCUUCAUUGAACGUGACUUAAUUGAGCAGGCAACAAUGGUUGCUUUGGAGCAAGCAGGACGACUGAAUUGGUGGUCCACAGUGUGUACAAGCUGCAAACGUCUUCUUCCCUUGGCUACAACAGGUGAUGGAAACUGCCUCUUGCAUGCUGCAUCUUUAGGGAUGUGGGGAUUUCAUGAUCGGGACCUUGUUUUACGUAAAGCACUCUAUACUAUGAUGAGAAGUGGAGCUGAAAGGGAAGCACUGAAAAGAAGAUGGAGAUGGCAACAGACCCAGCAGAAUAAGGAGUCAGGUUUAGUGUAUACAGAAGAAGAAUGGGAACGGGAGUGGAAUGAACUACUUAAACUGGCAUCAAGUGAGCCUCGUACACAUUUCAGCAAAAAUGGAGGCACUGGUGGUAGAGUUGAUAAUUCAGAAGAUCCAGUGUAUGAGAGCUUAGAAGAGUUCCAUGUUUUUGUCUUAGCCCAUAUUUUGAGAAGACCUAUUGUUGUAGUAGCAGACACAAUGUUACGAGACUCAGGGGGAGAAGCAUUUGCACCUAUACCAUUUGGAGGAAUUUAUUUACCACUUGAAGUUCUACCUAACAGAUGCCAUUGCUCACCUCUUGUGCUAGCCUAUGAUCAGGCCCAUUUCUCUGCUCUUGUUUCCAUGGAACAAAAAGAUCAACAGAGAGAGCAAGCGGUGAUCCCUCUGACUGACUCUGAACACAAGUUACUGCCUUUGCACUUUGCGGUCGAUCCUGGGAAAGACUGGGAGUGGGGAAAAGAUGACAACGAUAACACCAGACUGGCCAAUUUGAUUCUGUCUCUUGAGGCAAAGCUUAAUCUUCUACACAGCUAUAUGAAUGUAACAUGGAUACGCAUACCAUCUGAGACACGGCAGGCCCCUUUGGCUCAACCAGAAUCCCCUACAGCUUCAGCUGGGGAAGACGUUCAGUCUCUGGCUGACUCAAUGGACUCGGACCGAGACUCCAUCUGUAGUAAUUCCAAUGGCAAUAAUGGCAAAAACAGUAAAGAAAAAGAAAAGGACAAACAGAGGAAGGAUAAAGACAAAACCAGGACGGAUUCAGUUGCCAAUAAAAUAGGAAGCCUCAGUAAAACCCUGGGAAUUAAACUGAAAAAGAAUAUGGGUGGUCUUGGAGGCCUGGUGCAUGGCAAAAUGAGCAGAGCCAAUUCAGGAAAUGGAAAAAAUGGUGACACGGUAGAGAAAGUCAAAGAGAAGAAGUCUAAGUCUCGAAAAGGGAGCAAAGAGGAAUCUGGACAGUCUGCGAGCACUUCUCCAUCCGAAAAGACCACUCCAUCUCCAACUGACAGAGCUAGCAACUCACCCAUUGAAAAGAUGAACACUAAAUCCUUCUCUGACAAGCAGUCUGACCCAUGGAAGUACAGCACUGAUGUGAAACUCAGCCUAAAUAUUUUGAGAGCUGCCAUGCAGGGUGAACGAAAGUUUAUUUUUGCUGGCCUUCUUUUGACCAGUCAUAGGCAUCAGUUCCACGAGGAGAUGAUAGGCUAUUACCUGACCAGUGCACAGGAGCGUUUCAAUGCGGAACAAGAACAGAAAAGAAAGGAUGCUGAGAAAAAGGCUGCACUGAAUGGGUCAUCUAGUAGGAAGCUGGAGCCAGAAGCAUAUUCAAAAGAAAAAUUAGAAACAUCUCCUCAGGAUAGGGCAUCACCCGUCUUGCCUCAAAGCCAUACAACUCAGCUGGUUUUAAAAUUUAAAGAUCGCACUAGUCCCACUCCUGGGUCAUUUUCUUCACCUAGUAAUGGUGCUAAGAAAAGUGGACCCGUUCCGGUAUCUGCCCACUAUAGCCAUACACCACCUGUUCAAAGACAAAGUGUCAUCCAUUUGCAUGAUGUCAACUCCAAGCCAUCGAGCUUCCAAGAUGAUACCUACAAGCCAGUGGUUGGCACCUUAAAAACCUGUGCCACCUAUCCCCAACAAAACAGAUCACUGUCUUCUCAAAGCUAUAGCCCAGCCCGGAUAUCCGGUAUCCGUACAGUGAACACAGUGGAAUCGCUGAGCUAUGCCAUGCCUACUGAACACAAGUCUCAGACAUACACAAAUGGAUUCAAUACCGGCGAUAUUAGAGACUGCUUAGAAUAUGCUGAUGAGGAUGCUCCUCAGACCUGGUUGAACAAUGAUAAAAAUCAAGGCAGAAGCACAGUUUGCCCAUUAUAUUCCAUCCAGCAGAACCGCUGUAAGAAGGAGAACUGUUCCUUUUAUGGUCGUCCUGAGACUGAAAAUUACUGUUCAUACUGCUACAAAGAAGAGUUAAAACGCAGGGAGAGAGAAAGCAAGGGACACAGGCAUUGAGGAUUCUUCCGUGACUACUUAGUUUUACCAUUUUCUUACUUACAAAGUAAACAGUGUUGAAUUGCAGUAAAAGGAAUCCUUAAAAAAAGAAUAAAGGAUUGAUGAGUAAAUAGUGUCUAGCUUUUCGCUUUUCUGGGGCAAUGAGGAAAUAAUGAGAUUAAUUUAUCAUAAAAAAAAAUAUUAUUUUCCAUUUUGUCAGUGUCUUUUUUACAUAUACUGGUAAGCUGAAGGGUUGUUUACUCCUUUGUCAGUGCUGUGUAUAUGUUUGGUCAAAAAUUUACUAAUGGUGCCUGAAUUUACACUGACAUCACUCAGGUAGUAGAAUGAUAGGGAAAAGUCAUAAUAUCGGAGAUGUGGUGUUGUAGUAAGGUAGUAUCUGCCUUGCAGACAUUUGAAAUUCUAUAGCUAUUAUGAGAGUAUUUUUUCCUCGGUAAAACCUAAAUUUUUCAUAGCCUUUUUUUUCAGAAGGGUAGUGAUUUUGCAUACUGCACAUUUUUAACAUGGCAGCAUAUUGCAUUACUACUAAUGUUUGUACUCACUUCCGUCUGAAUGAUUCUGGGAAAAUGGGAGUGAAAGGUCUGAAUUCAUGAGGGCUGUAGCUCUUCCUGAUUUUAAGUUCUUACCAGUUAUUUCUACAUUUCCAUAAAAAAAGUAGAUUUGAGCCACUUUUAUUUGUACUGAAUUUUUAAACAGGUUUUAUAAAAAAUACGUUACGACUUCCAAGACUUCACGUCGCAAAAAAAACGCACACAGUAUAGUUUUGGGCACCUGAAUUUCAGUAGUAUUUUCAUUGCUGUUAAAAUUAAGAGAAAUUUUUAAACAAAAUUUAAAAUAUAAAAAUUUUAUUAGAUGUGGGAAAUUUGAUCAACAGCUAGGAAAUUAGGAUCAUUUUAGAGCUGAACGAACUGCUUGUCAAAACAAAUGUAUUGCAUCAAUUGAUUCCCUUAGCCAUUGCAUGAAUUUAAUCAUUAUAUAUUUAUUUCUCUCUCAACAUUAUCGAGUGAUAGUUACUGCAAACGUAACUACUUCUGAGCCUUUCUUGAAGACUGUUGGCUCCACCUAUUUUUGAGUCUUCUCCUAGAGUGAGUUAUGUACCCACCAGGAGGUUCCAAGAUGGCUAUAAAAUACCUCCAGUAUGAAUGGCAACUCCUAGCACAGAUUUGCACAAGUCUGAUAUCCAAAUAUUUACAUAAGUAUUUGCAAUAUUUUUGAAAAUAAAACUUUCCUUAUAGAAACAUUUCUGUAAAGCAGACACCACAAAUACUGUUACAGUAGAUGCAUGACAUUAGGAAGUUUUCUUGAAUAUAGUACUUGCUGGCUUUCCACCCCUCCAGCAUCAACUGGCAUAAUGUAGUAAGAAUAGAUAUUUAGUGUUCUUACACUUGUAAUCAAUGGCUCAUUACUGUCUACCCACAUUUUUUUUUUUAAAAAGAGCUCAUUUUCCACAAAUAGGUGAAGUACUGCCUUCAAGACUGCUUACUCUGCCACCUAAAGGUGCAGAACAUGAGUUCUGCCUUACUCAUUAUGGAACAGCACUUUUCUGGUCCGCACAGGAAAGAUUCUUUGCCAACGAAUCUUUGUUUCUGAUUCUUUUCUGCUGUACCCCAAUUUUUACUCUUGACAUGGGUGGCACCAUUUCACUUGUGUACAGUUAAUCCUAGUUAGCCUUGAAACCAAGCCUGAAAUAGCCUGUGAAACAAGAUCCACAAACUUAACGCUGACGUGUGCUGGCUUUCAGGAAAAGUACGUAAGCUUUUGCUAAUGUCCCACUGAAAUUUGUGGAACUGAGCACAUACUUAAAAUUGACCAUAUCUUUAGGUUUUCUGCUGAAUGGGAGGUUAAAAGAAUAGUUUCAAAAUAAGUCCAUUAGCCACUCCUAAAAAGUCAUGGUCUUUACCACAUUAGCUGUUCCAUGAAUCCAGACCUGUACUUUGUAUUUCUUGCCGUAUACUGAGCAUACGCUGAAUGUUACUGAAUUUGCAUUCCUUCAUAAAAGGGAAUUAUUGGUAUGCAUAAUGAGAGGUUAAUACUCCAUGUGACUUCUGUCCUCAAGGUAAGCACAUUCUAAAACCCAUGUCUCUGGUUGCGUACACUGGAAAGCAGUGCCCAUUUUUGGUUAACUUGUGAUUACAUGUAAGUUGUCAUUGCCAAAGAAAUCUGUGACUGCAGAUUAUGCUAAAACAAGCCAGAUCAUGUUAAAACAAAUAUCAUACUUGAUUGUACUUGUUGCUGAGACUGAGAAAACUGACGGGAUAAAACUUUAUGAAAAAAAAAGAAAUAUUUAAGAAUUCUUAGAGCCUUAGAGUAGCAGUAGCAUUUGAUACUCUGAGAAUUGCUUCUAUGUAAAGUUGUGCUUAAGAAAUAUUAUAUUAGCAGCAAAUUACAUCAGCCCGUGUAUUUAAGUCAGUUGUAUCCUUUCUGAAUGAGGAAAAAACUAACAGCACAUAUGUAAAAAUAAGCAAUUACCAUGAGAAUUUGCAGUUUCCCAUUUUUCAAAGGACUUGUUUCUAUAAUAUGUUUUUAAGAUCUACUACUCACAAAAGAAAGAGGUUUACAGCUGGUCAAUAUUUAGAUAGAUUACUCUCUUCUAAAUUAUUGAAUAGAUUGUACCUGUAUGUUAGAUUAUUUUGAAAAAGUAAUUGGUCUUCUGAAUAAUAAUGGGCUUGCCUGUAUAGGAUACCAAACUUCAGUGUUCACUAUCAUCCUCGAGUCACUCGGAUAUUUCCAUAAAUAUUUACCACUAUUGGAUUGCUCAUUUUAAAAUAUCUGUUGUAUGAAAUACUGACAGAAUACUUUUUAGUCGUGCCUGUUACCUCAGAAUCCUUUUCUUGGUAUUUUUUGAAUAAUUUGCUCAAUAUUGCUGUUUUCUUUUAGAACUCGUCAAAUAUCCCACUAUUCUCUUGUCCCUUAACAUUUAAUAUUGAAAAGAAGUUGCAGGCCUACAACGCAAUUUGCCAGUUAAAAUCUACCCGUCUUCCUAGUAGUUGUCCUUUUUUUCUGGAUAAGUAAUACUGUGAUUUUUUUUUUUUUUUUUUUUUUUUAGUUUUUUAUUUCUGAGCUAUUUGUGGCAGUUGUCUAAAGGGGAUACCAUAGUUGGUUUUAAACAGUCCAGACAUGCAGAAACAGCGCCUCUUCCUGAAGAAGUGAUUGUCCCAUUAAAAGAAGAGCCUAGCUAUAAGAGGAAAUUUUCUACCUAUUUUUUUCAGAGAGAAUUCCCAACUGCUACUGAGUUGCAUUCACCAGCACUGAAAGGAGUUGUGUCCUUCCUUAGCUAGGUGUGAGAGGGAAUAACCUUCAAAUGUAUUUUUCUGUUGCACUAAGUGGCUAACCUUUGACUGCUCUUUUGGUUUAUUUUUCCUUACGUUGAAAGCAAACGUAGCCCACAGGCCAGUAAGUCCUUUGCCGUGCCUGAUCUGCACUCUCUAAACCUUUCAGAGUUUGUUAUUGUUACCACUUAGUCCCAGCUGUACAGAAAACAGUUUUGGUUUUGGAGGACCCUAUUCGUUUCUUCUGUUAGCUUAAGUGGCUGCAAUAUACAUGCAUAUUUUUGCAUUUGUAUGUGCUCUUUUCCCCUCUUUCCUUGAUAGUGAUUCAACAGUUAUCACUGUUGUCGAGAUUUCAAAAGUACAGACUAAAUCCUGGGUAGGCUACACCUUCCCAGAACAGAUCCAAAACUAUCGGGAGAUAUUUAGGUUGGAGGAAGCUGGAAUUUUUUUAAUGUGUGAAUGUGCAGUUUUUCUAAUUUAAAAAAGGCUUAAACCUAUUAUGCUAUUUUUUUACUUUUGUUCAUAAACUCUGAUACAAAGGUCUGUUCGUAACAGAGGACACCUGUAAUACAUAAUGGGUUUCAGUCACACUUUAUAUUAAAGUUCCAUUUAAAAUGCUUUAUAAAGAGUUAAUAAACUAUUGCUAGACUUUACAAGUAUUUUUUCAGACGUGGGUAUCAGUUGUAGCUAACAACAUAUGGCUAACAAGCAGCUCAUUCAGAAGAAGGUGGUGUGGAUUAUCAAAAGUAAUGAGAUAUUUUGGAUUUUAAAACAAUUGAUUAACGUUUUCUUAUUACGGUUCAUUAAGCUUUAUAAAUGCAAUGGAAACAUAGUGUGUGUCCCAGCUUUCUUUAGCAAUUAGUUCCUUCUUCCUAAGUCAAAGGUAACAUUAAGGGGAUCAGUGAAAGAAAGAUGCCGUACUUGGAAAGUUUUGUGUUGCUCAUUUCUUAAGAAGUCUAAAGAGGCCAAGUGAAGUCUUCAGAGUCAUCUUUUCUAAAAUUGUAAAACUCAUGAUGUGAGCAGUAUUACUUGAUACAGAAAGCACCAAGAGACGCUUAAUGUGGAUUUGCGCACCAUUUGACUGCAGAUCAAAGCAGUCUGUUGAGGCAAUAUCAGUCCUUGUACAUAUAGGCAUAUUCAGGGUAAUCUACUUCUCGUGUGAUGAAUGUGUAGAUAUCAAAAAAUGCACAGCACAGAUCUGACAAAAUACUGCCCUCUAACUCUCUGAUUCUGCAAACAGUUACACUGGUGCUCAGCUUCACCAAUAUGAAUAGUCCCCCUGACAGCAAGGAGACUGCUUAUUUUCAGAAACUUAACAUAACUGUUAAGAAAAAGCAGAAAUGUUUGUGGGAUCAAGGCCUGAGCCUUUAGCCAGUGUUUGUUCCCCUCAGGCUGCCUGACGUUACUCUUCCAGUGAGAGAAUCGAUGAGAAUGUUGCCUGAGGAGUACAGGGAAGCCUUAGGCCUCUUUGGGCUAAAUCUGCUGUCCUCUGAAGUCUGUGGACAGAAUCCCAUUAGUAAUGGGGGCCUUAAAUCAGGUGCUUCAUGGACACACAAAAUACUUGCAAGCUGGACGUGAAAGUAAAGUAUAAGCCAGUAAGGGAGUAAGGUCUUCGUAACACUGGGAAUGUUUUGCACAGGUAAAAAACCCAUAUGUUAAUAGAAACCACAGUAAUCUCAAAUAAACAUAGGUCCAGAGAAGCAAAAUAACUGAUGCUGAUUGUAGAUGGCUUUUCAGCUUAGUGUUUUCUAAGUCUCUGUCAGUGUAUUUGAAGAGUAUUUGUUUUAGGGUAUGGCAGCUUACGCAGAGGAUCACCAAACAGUAUAUAGCAUAGAAUUUAAAUUAUUUCAGUAACAGACACUAGUAUCUAUUUUAAUUUGCACAUUAAUUUCCAGUGUAUAUGACUAAAAUACUAUGUUGUUAAAAAUGAGAGGAAAACAACACAAAGGUGUUUGUAAGUAUGUUCUGUUUGUAGUCUUAAGGCUGUAUUAUGUUGGAAUUUUACAAGCCAAGUUUAAAUUGUAAUAUAGAAAUUAUUUUUAUAUUAUUUUCGAAAUAUGCUACAGAGCAAUAUUUUGCGCCUUUAUUAUAAACAGGGUCAUCAUUUUAGUAGGUUACCUUCAGAAAUGCUGGUAGAAAUUAAUGAUGAAAAGAAAGCUUUGUAAAUGUACUUGUUGUUUCUAACUGCUCUGUCUGUUGUGCACAUCUACGUCUAAUGCGAGUUGAAUAUACAAAUUUUUAAUUGAAAAGCUUUAAAUUUUUCUUUAUAUAUUUUGGUACAACACUAUCGCUCCCUAUUUAAUUCCACUCUUCCUUCCAGUCCCUACCAAUAGCCACUUUUAUAAGCAGCUUCUGAAUAAACAUUCAUCUGGAAAGUUUUCUUACCAAAUGAAACAUUUCUGCACAGAUAUUGAUUGACUUGGGACAUUCAUAAUAUACCCUGAAUCCAUUGGAGUAGGAUUACUUUGCUUCUUUAAAAAACAGAAUCAAAAAUUUAUUAUUCCUUCAAAAUUAAAAUCAAGAAUUAAUAGUGCAAUCAUUUAGCAUCUGUGGGAAGAAAGUCACUCUAGAUCAUACAAAUGUCAUCCUCUAACUGGCAGAUACAUUGUCUCUUUAUAUCAAAUAUGCAUUAGCUUCUUGCAGAUUAAAGUGUUCAGAUUUUAUUUCUUCAUAGUUCUUUGUACUCUACAUAUCAAUUACUGAUGAACUGUGCAAAAAAGACUUCGCAAACUAAUGCAUGUGUUGUUAGGAGUCAGCGUAGUUCUUAAAAUUCCAUAACUUUCAUGGUUUAGUUUGUUGGGGUUGGUUUGCUUGUUUAAGAAUUACUAUCAAGGUAUGUACUGCAACCAAAAUUUUCAAAUCUGGAUAGCUAACUUUAAGAUUCUGCAUCUAGGGUUCUCCUGAUAAAUAGACUGGUUUUGAGAUGUACUAAGCAUCAAUUUCUGUGGGAGCAAAAGCUCUUUCUUGGUUUCAGAAAAUCAAGUGAGCAUUACUCCAACACAUAUUCAGGGCUUUUCCUUAUUAGUCUACGCUUCAGUCAAUGGAAUUUACAUUUUCUCUUCGGCAAUUUUUCCAUGUGUGAACAAAUAAUUGGGCUUAUUCAUAAAGUGAUUGCUUGAGCAUGGAGAGACUUGCCUUGUACCAAAACACCAUAUAAUUGUCCAUUUAACUGUUGUGUUCUUAAUGGGGCUAGUGUAUUCCACUGAUUUCUGGGGGGAUAUAAGACCUUUUUUUUCUUGGAUAUCAUGAUCACUCUGUUUUGUUUGUUUGUUUUUCCUCUCGAGUGAAUAUGCUGUUCUGAUUGCUGUUUUAUCUCCCAUUACCUGAAUGCAUGUACUGUACCAAAAGAAUUGAAAUGGCUGAUGCACAUUUGCACUGUGGAACACGCGAUAUGGGUAAAAGCUACCGUGUUCCAAACAGCCUUAAAAGUAUGACUCUCUGGGGACUGAGAGUCAUUUAACUGGAUGCAGCCUCUGUCCCACUUCCUCAUUUAACCAUGACUGUAAAACACUCUAGCCUGCUGUAGUCUAUGUAACUGUAUGCAUAUUCAUCUGAGUAACCUGUAAUCUCAAAAGAAAUUUUUCUUUAAAAAUAUGUAAUUCUUUAAGUGUUAGUGUGUCAGGAAGCCUUAGUCAAAAGAGGAGAUGGGGUAAAAAUAGAGAGAUGGUGGUAGCUAGCAGAGUAACCAUGGCACCAAAAUACUGAAAAAAGGGAAAAUAUUUAAGAUGUGUCAAAAACUAUUUCCUGUCAAGACUGGAAGUUUUGUAGAUCUUCCUGUACUCUGAGAAGACAGAGAAAUGUUGUUUUGCCAUUCAUCUCUGCAUUUAACAUAGUCUCUUACUUUGUUGUGGAGGUUUGCUGUUGGGGAAGGGAGAGAAAAAUUGCAGGUUUUCUUCCCUUCUUAAACAAAGCAAAUUCUACUGUAGUGGCAAAAUCACCUGAGAUUGCAAAAAUAUGAUCCAAUGCUAGGACUAAACAGUGCCUAACUCCUGGGUGUGAGUUGUGUAUUUCAUUUUCAUUUUGCCCCUUUCAAAUGUUUUCUUUAAAAAGGGGGGAGGGAGGGGAGUUUAAAGAAUAAGCUUGCACAAUAGUGACCCAGUUCUUUCUUUGUUCAUGUGAGAAAUCAAUAUAAACAUGAAAAUGGAAUUACAGUGGAUUUGCACUUUCCCCCCUCAGGCAAGCUGAGAGGUAAAAGCCACCUUUUUAGGUAAAGCCCAUGUAACUGCUUUGCCACAGAAUAAAGUUAGAACCCCUUGGCACAGAAACUUUGCCUGAUGAAGCUUGACAGUAUGUCAGGAGCCUGAGAGCCGUGGCCAACCUAGCCAAAAUGGAGCAAGUCUGGUCAUUCUUGCCUUUAAAAAAAAGAUACAGUUCAUUCUGGCCCGUGGUGUCUGAAGAGUAUCUUUGCAGUAAAGAUUAAGUGGAACGCUGCCUUGUUGUCAUUUGCCUCCAGGUUUAAGUAACACAAAGCGUCUUCGCCAUGCUUUUGGUUAAAAUACGCAGGAGAUGUGGUAGCAAAACAUGGCCUCUCAGGCGCAGAGAAUGCCCUAUGUCUCCUUUUAACGGGCUUGCAAUCAGGUAUGAAUUGAAACACAGCCAUGUGGGCGUGAUAGAAGCGCUCUUGUCUCUAAACUUUGCAAAUUGUGUGCACUUAUGUUUUAAUACUAACAGAAAUUAAGCAAUGAUUUUAUUGUUUAUUUGCUCAAGAUUCUGAGUACUGUAAAUACAGUCUUUGUAUAAUGCACAUAGUACAUGUACAGUACAAAAAAUGCUUUUCCCUUGGAGAUGCUCAAAGAGCUUUGCACGCACAUGAUACCAAUCUCUGUUCAUUUACCAUAAGCCAAGGAAAACAAACAGGAUUUAAGACUAGAUUAAAUAAUGAAUGGAAUUAGCCACAUAGACCUAAGCAGCUAGGAGUUCCCAACCAUAGUAUUGCAGGCCAGCUUUGACAGUUUUGUAUAAAACUCUAUCCCAAUGAUCUAGAUUAGUUUUGUGCUAUUUCCUGGGGAGGAGCAAUUACUACUGUGUCUUUUCCAAGCCCAUUGCUCUUACCCUGCUAACUCCGUGUUGCAUUUGUAAUGUGCCAGUCUUACCAUGAUUCAGCUAUGAAUCACGUUUUCAAAUCUCGUAGAGCUCUUGUUUUCUUACUGGAAUCUGUCUAGAGCUUUAUUUUGCAUUCAAUUUUAAGACAUAAAAUACAGUUAGAAACUUUUCAUAAUGCCUUGAAGUUGACUGUUGUGUGGCUGAAAGACUUUGUUCUCCUUGGAAGGCCUUGUUCUUCCUCAUUGGUUCUUGUAGUUGAAUGAAACAUUGAAAAUAUCAGUGCUGUUUACAUGUAUUUCUGCCAUUUGGUAUACUUUAUCUUUUUUGUUACACAAUUCUGUGUUGUUAAAACCCAAUGCCUCUCAGAUGCAGGCAAAUCUUGAAGGACAGUCUGAAUUAUUAUACACAAAAGGUGUAUGUAGCUAAUUCAUCAUAACUUUACUAUUGUAUAAUAUGCCCUCCCCAAAUUGUUUGUACAUCUUUUUCUGUUCCUAACAUUUUUUUCUUUCAUCUUCUACUUCCUUGGACAAAUUCUAAAGCUCUUUGUCCUUAAAGCCUGUGGUAGGUUUUCCAAUAAAGACGACUUGGCUUUCUCAGUUCAGUUUGCAUAUAGAGUGGCUUGUCUCCCAAAAACAGACUUAAAAGAACACAGAUGUCACACCCUUAGUUUAUAGAAGUUCAUUUACUCAUUAACUGAGUGUCUCUGUUUAAUUAUAACCAAAGCUAAUUAUAUAAAGUUUAAAAAAUCAGGACAGGUAAUAUGACUCUUUCUAAUAACCUAGCAAACUCAGCAUUUUUAAAACAGUAGAAAUGUACAAUAAAUGUAUUUGUACUUGAAGUCCAUAUUUCAAAGAAAGAUAGUAGUUGGCUGUCACUGGGGCUUAAGUAAAUGUUAAUAAGGAAUAAAGCAAGUCUCACUGAUUUUUGUUGGCUAAGAAUUCAACUUCUUCGUAGUCAUACCAUCCUCAUUUUUCAGAGUCUGAGUUUGGGUUUCUUGUUGUUUUCUGUAAGUUCAUACUAUUUUAACAAAGAUUGAUUUAGGAUUUCAAUAAACAAUAUAACAGAUGUAUCAGAAAUUUAUUUAAAGCUGAAGUUACUUUUCAGGUUUCUCUGUGUUUGACCAUUUUCGUGCAAAACUGUUAUCCCAUGUAAAAGGAGUAAAUUUAUCUUUUCCCAGUCCCUUCCCUAUUCAUAAUUUAAAGAUGCGAUUGGUUGCAGUCACUUUUGUCUGCAGACAAAACAGUUGAUUGUUUUUAAGCUGACUGCCAUAUCAUGUUUAAAUCCAUUGUUCAAAAGAAACAGGAGCAUUAAUUAACGUUAAAGGAUAAUGAAUAUUUCUUCUUGUGAAAAGUGUGAGUUCUUGAGAACCUUUUCUACAUGCAGUUUUCAUUCAAAUUCAAUUUAAAUGUCAUUUUUAAUCUGAUCCAUACUUUGACAAAGAUGAUGUGUAAGAGCUGUUUUUAGCAGUUGGAUUGUUACUUUGUAAAGUAUUAAAGCACUAAACCAAUUUUUGCAAUAGGUAGUAAAACUUGCUUUUGUUUUGAAAAACUUCCAGUUAUAACUGUCGCACUUUUUAUAGCAGAACUGUAUUUAAUUUCUUUCUUUUAUGAAAGAUUACUCAAAGUAACUGAUAGCUCUGUAAUCUGUGUGGAUUGGCUUCUCCAUUAUUUGAAACUGAGAGAAGCUAUAAUGCCUAUUCAAUAAAAUUAACUUAUUUCUAAAGUA